AUAUGUAUAUCGAUAUGUUCAAAGGGGGUACAUCCUAACAAAUGGUUUGGUUUUGCACCCUAUAUAUAAGAAAGCCAUAAAACGCAGGUUUAGACCAAGAAAGCAAGAGAAAUGGGAGAGGUGAAGCUUUUCAGGACAUGGUCAAGCCCAUUUGCUCUGAGGGUCGUUUGGGCACUUAAACUGAAAGGCGUAGAGUAUGAGACCAUUUAUGAAGAUCUUGCCAACAAGAGUUCUUCGCUACUCGAAUACAACCCUGUUCACAAGAAAGUGCCCGUGUUGUUGCACAACGGAAUACCCAUUUGUGAAUCACUUGUGAUUCUCGAGUACAUCGAUGAGACAUGGAACGAAGGUGUGCGUUUCUUACCCAAGGAUCCGCUUGCCAGAGCCACCGCACGUUUCUGGGCAAAGUUUAACGAUGAGCAGGUCGCACCAUCGGUAUUUCAUGCGUACACCAGCCAAGAGAUGGAGAAAGAAGAAGCCAAGGGUCUUGCCUUACAGAACCUUGACAUAAUCGAAAAACAGCUAAUUGGGAAGAAAUUCUUCAGUGGAGCAACAUUUGGAUUCUUAGAUCUUGCAUUUGGAUGGAUUGCCAAUUAUCUCGGAAUAUUUGAAGAAACAGGUGGCAUAAAACUCUUAGAUAAAGAGAGGUUUCCACUUAUAUUGGAAUGGAAAGAGAACUUUUCUAACAUCCCAGAAAUCAAAGAAAAUUGGCCAGAUCGAGAGAAGCUCGUUACCAAGUUCCGGCUCAUGCGUGAGUAUUACAUUUCUGUUGCUGCAGCUAAGCGAACGAUUUCAUGAAGAUUUCUAGGAAGAUGCGAGUGUCUCAGUACAUCAAUAAUCAUCAAUGACUUUAAAGUGAUGAUAACUUCCAUAUGUGAUUCUUAUUUUGUUUUGGGAAAAACUAGAACGCGUG